ACUUGAUAAUGAUAAAUAUGUUUUUUUUGGUUUAAAAAAUAAAAAAACUUCUUGAUCACAUGACCAUGUUCAUCGAAGAGACCUACAGAGAUGAGCACUUGCUGGGUAAGAAGCAACGAAUAUUACUCGAGUUAUCGACGGUUCUGUACUUUUUUGCGAAGAAUGCAGCCGUGCCGCUGUCUCAGGAAAUUAUUUACCACUUCGUCGCAAGGAAACAUAACAUGACCAUGGAUUCUAUUGAUGAGUUUACCCGAAAACUGCACCAAGAAUAUCUACCUGAAAGAAACAGUACACAUCCAACUAACGACUUAACGUUUUCAGAAACCCGUCGAAAAAUUGACGUAAUAAACGAGGAAAGUAGCAUCAUGGCUUUCUAUCUGACGAUAGCUGAGUUGUUGCCAACGACAAUGUUCAUCUUACUGUUCGGUUUCUACAGCGAUUUCACAGGAAAUCGUCGCUUCAUGAUGUACCUUCCAUGUCUUGGAACUGCGGUAUACACUCUUGGCUUCUUAUUCCCGUUCUACUUAUUUGACGGCAACAUGGGGAGGAUAGGGACAAAAGUCAUUCUCAUUACGACUAGCAUUGUAUCCGGCAUGUCUGGAAAUAUCAGUGGCUACCUAUGCGGCAACGCUAGCUACAUUUCGGAUACUGACUCUGUUAAGAGGAGGACUCUGCGCCUAGCCAUUGUCGAAUUCUCAAUCGGAAUUACUUUUGCACUAACGAGUUUAUUGAAUGGAUUUUGGAUCAACAAGUUUGGAAGUUUAGACCAACCGUUGUGGUUCAUUUUCAUUUGUUCACUUGCUCCCUUUGUUAUUCUCUUCUUUUUCGUCCAGGAGCCGAACGGAUCUCUAACUUCCGAUCUAGACGAUUAUCAUCCAAAUUUGACUCUGAAAGAAACAAUUAAAAAGAUUUUUAAUUUUAGGCACAUUUUUCACUUAAGAAGUUUAGAACAAAAAAAAAUGUGGCUGAUGUUUGUCGGGUUCAUCGUGUACAGUUUUGCGCAGCAGGGCCAAGAAAGAGUUUUCGUACUCUACCUGAAAGGAAACCCAUUCCUUUGGGAUUCAAUACAAAUUGGAUUAUUUUUAUUCACACUAUACGGAUUAUCAGGAAUUUCGUCAUGGCCCGGAGUUCCGUUGUUGCAGAAAUGUAUUGGAGAUGUGUCGAUUUUCUUUCUAGCUAUCGCGUCUAAAUUUCUUGGAUCGCUCCUGCUGGGUCUGUCAACCAACAGUGGAGAAGUAUACGGAGCUGCUGUCGUCCAGCUGUUUCAUUUGCUUCCAUACGCCGUCGGUCGUUCGCUCAUAUCUCAGCUAGUUGGCCACGAAGAGCAGGGUUCAGUGUAUGCCGUGUUGCACAGCGUUCUGGCAGUAGUAAUGUUCCUGGGACCAUUAUGCCACACCUAUCUCUACACUCUAACCAUGUCAUCAAUGCCUGGAAUGGUCUUCAUCAUUUCCGGAGUAUUCCUAGCCAUUCCUUUCACUACUACGGCAUGGGCUUACUUUUUGGAUCCGUGGACAAAAUCCUUAAAAUCAGAUGGAUAUUCGAACAUAGACGACCUUCCUGUAUCGACGACACCAG